AUGUCACGACCAGAAACCUCGCUAAACCCAGACCUUCUUCAAAGAAACGUCAAGUUCCUCCAAAACCUCACUGUUGUCCCGUCCCAGUCGGGAACAUCAAAUUUCCCGCUCUCAAGCCACAGCAUGGGGGGAUUAUAUGAGCUGUUACUUGCGGACAAACCAUCAUUUGAAGAAGCACUUCAGGACUGCGAAGAAUCAAAAGCCCGUGUCCGUGAGUAUAUCGACACUUAUAUCAAGAGCUUCCACCUUCGGUGGCCUGUCCUUCACGCUCCGACGCUUGAUAAUGAGAUAGGGACAAUGCCAUUAUCUCUUGCUGCAGCGGCAUGUCUUAUAGGAGCAUGGUUUCAGAACAGUGCAGACUGGACUGAGAGAUUUUAUUCUCUAAGGAUGCAUGAAGUCCUCCUCGAGCGAUUGCUACACAGCCUGAUCGAGCCCGAAUUGACGUCCGGAGAGAAAGCAUGGCCAAUUGAACUUUUCCAAACAGUUCUUUUGACUCUGGUAUUCUCGCUUUAUCGCACCGACAAGCGUGCUUUGUCUAGAGCCAAACUUCUUCGAAGCACGUUCAUAACCCUUCUCCGAGACCUAGGCGUUCUCGACGGGGAGAAAUUUACCGCUCAUCUAAAGACACAUUAUACAGGCACAUAUACACCGUAUACGCUGGCUAUGCGUGAAAAGCUCAAGCGGCUGCUUGUUCUGACUUUUCAAUUUGACGCUUUUUUUGCUCUCAUUUAUAGGCAACCACCACUACUUCAUCUUCAAGAAAUUGGUGUAGGGCUCACGAGUACCUUUGCAUUGUGGAAUGCAUAUGGGCUGGACGUAUUCGCCUUGCGGGAACUAGAAGAGCCGCAUGAGCGUUCUAAAGUCCGGAUAUCUGAGAUGAUAGGCCGCUCAGAUUCAGUUACAUCCUCGGGAAUUCUUGUGGAAGACGUGCUUCUAAGUUUAUGUAGUGUUUUGCAGUCGAUAUGGGCUUUUUUGCAGGCUCUUCCGUCGAGUCAGAAAGAGAAUCCCAGUCAUACUUUCCAGAAAGCACUGCUUGUUCAGACACUGGAUGAUUGGAGACACGAGCUGGAUAAGAUCAGCAAGUUAGCCGACUCCGGAAACCUGCCUGGAAGUCCCGCGAGAUAUCUAUUGCUGGCUUAUCGCGGUGAAAAUGACUCCAUGACGGCAUCACUAGAACGGAUUAAUUCUCUCGUUCAAGACGGGAUGAUUCUUUACUAUCACCUGAGGUUGACCCAGUAUGUCUUUGACAUUGCUGGGCCUGGGAAGGGUGUUGUUUCACAUUCAAAUCUCUGGGAGACUUCCAAACAUAAAAAAGAAGCUCUCGUAUGCGCAUUGCAGAUGCUCAAGGUAGUCGAAUCGAAGGCAUCGUUCAAUCCAUUAAUUCGGCAUGUGCUUGCUAUAGGUGUUGAUAUAACCAAAGCAUCGCUUUCCAGGCAGAAAUGCCAUUUCAACGGACAACACGCUGUUAGAAAUGAUACUCAGCACUGGUCCAAUAUUGGUGAUCCGUUCUGGGUUGACGGGACACCGGUAUGUGUAUGCAAGUUGGCGUUCUGGAUUGGAAGAUUUGAGAAAGCUAUUCAAGACCAGGAUAUCAUGGUAGAGUAA